CCUCCCCUUUGACUCAGAACUAAUGCAGGUCCCUGGGGUGGGUGCAGCUCGUGCACAGGGGUGGGUGGUGGGUGCCCAGAGCGUGCGAUCUGGAACACUGCUCCUUUCGACUGUUGGUUUUGGACAGGGGAGCAAGCUGGCCCAAAGGGGCUGUGGAAAUAAGGUAGAGGGCUCUUCCCUUGUGCAGCAUUAGUUUAUAUGCAGCUGUGUGUCACACAGGUGAAGUAGGAUGAGUUGAUCAAUGAUGCACAGUUUCUUUAACCCCUAGUGAGCAGGAAAGGGAAAUGGGGUAUACAGGACUCUUUUCUCCUUGGUAGUUAGGGUAUUGCUGGUGCGUAACCAAAUCUGGCCUUUUAAACUGUAUGGAAAUCAUCAGUUUCGACCCCCCCCACCUGUCAAAGCUUUGCCAGGGUGCUUUUGCAUCCUGUCACAUGUUUGAUGUUUCAUGUUUGGCCAUUGGCCUAAAUUGUUGUCAGCAGCACUUGGAAGGCUGGCAGUAUUCCAUCCUUUAAAGAAGGUUUUUACAAGUUGAGUGUUGCUUUGUAUGCCAGUCUCAAGCAACAUAUUCAGGAUUUUGUUUAUAAAUUAUAUCUACAAUUGAUUGAACAUCACAAAUAAAUUUCCUUUGUGAAAGAAAGGAAAGUUGUCUACAAAGCCUACUGUUCAACCUUGCAUACCCAACCUUAAUUGUAAUCUCCUGUCACGCACUCUCAUCUUUGCUGUAUCUGUGCAUGUGGGUACCAGUGAUUAAAGCAAUGCUUAUGUGGAAUAUAAGCCUAGCCAAUUUAGUGUGUGAAUCUGUGAAGCUCUGUAAGGGUCAUGUUGCUGAUUCCGUGAUCCUUGUGACAAACUAUAAUUAAGUGCCCUGGUUUGUUCAGUUGUUUAUUUAGUACGUGUAAAUCUAUGGUCUGUACAUACAUAGAAAGUAUUUUUGGUUUAUAUCAGGAGGGUACAUUGACAUCUAUCUGAUGCUAGACUGGUGAAUAGGAAGAAGGUCCCAUCACUGGCCUGUUUGUGGAAGCUGAGAUGAUGAAGGCACAUCAGUGGGAACAUGCUGUGGUGCAGGGUUGAAGCUCCAUCCCGUAUGUGAUAGUUGUAGAGCAAUUGGAAGGGUUACGUGCAGAGUGCUGGUAAACUAGGAUGGAAGAAUCUCACUUCAACUCCUCUCCGUACUUCUGGCCAACUGUACCCACAGUCUCAGGACAGAUUGAAAACACCAUGUUCAUUAACAAGAUGAAAGAACAACUAUUGCCUGCAGAGAAGGGCUGCAGCCUGGCUCCCCCCCACUACCCAACCCUGCUGACAGUGCCCACAUCUGUGGCUCUAUCCACCGGCAUCUCCAUGGACUCAGACACCAAGCCAGAGCAGCUGACCCCACACAGCCAGGCCCCCGUGACUCAGAACAUCACUGUGGUGCCAGUACAGUCUGCUGGGCUCAUGGCAGCAGGUCCUGGUCUGGUGAUCACCUCUCCCUCGGGUUCCCUGGUGACCACAGCUGCCUCUGCCCAAACCUUCCCCAUCUCAGCUCCCAUGAUUGUCUCCGCACUGCCUCAUGGUUCCCAGGCUGCCCUCCAGGUGGUACCUGAUCUGUCCAAGAAAGGGACUGCUGCCCUCUCUGAAGGGGGUGGGGGUGGAGGGGGUGGGGGAGUUGCCCCCAAACCUCCCCGGGGUCGCAAGAAGAAGCGAUUGCAGGAGUCGGGGCUGCCAGAGAUGAGUGACCCAUUCGUGCUAUCAAACGAGGACGAUGAGGACCAGCACAAGGAUGGCAAGACAUACAGGUGCCGGAUGUGUUCGCUGACCUUCUACUCCAAGUCGGAGAUGCAGAUCCACUCCAAGUCCCAUACGGAGACAAAGCCACACAAGUGUCCUCACUGCUCCAAGAGCUUCGCCAACAGCUCCUACCUGGCCCAGCACAUUCGUAUCCACUCAGGGGCCAAGCCCUACACGUGCAGCUACUGCCAGAAGGCCUUCCGCCAGCUCUCCCACCUGCAGCAGCACACACGGAUCCACUCCAAGCUUCACACAGCGAUUGUCAAGCCGCACAAGUGUCCUCACUGCUCCAAGAGUUUCGCCAACACCUCCUACCUGGCCCAGCACCUCCGCAUCCACUCGGGGGCCAAGCCCUACAGCUGCCGCUACUGCCAGAAGGCCUUCCGCCAGCUCUCCCAUCUGCAGCAGCACACACGCAUCCACACCGGGGACCGACCUUACAAAUGUGCUCACCCUGGGUGUGAAAAGGCUUUCACCCAGCUCUCCAACCUGCAGUCCCACAGACGGCAGCACAACAAAGACAAGCCUUUCAAGUGCCACAACUGCCACCGUGCGUACACAGAUGCUGCCUCCCUGGAGGUUCACCUGGCAACGCACACGGUGAAGCAUGCCAAGGUCUACACCUGCUCCAUUUGCAGCCGGGCCUACACCUCGGAGACCUACCUGAUGAAGCACAUGCGGAAACACAACAUCCCUGACCCACAGCAGCAAGUGGCUCAGGCCCAAGCCCAAGCCUCUCAGCAGCAGCAGCAGCACUUCCAGCCGCAAGGUGGUGGGGCAGCAGGGGGCCCCUCUGGAGACACUAAUCCCCCUAACCCUCCCCCACAGUGCUCCUUUGACCUGACUCCUUACAAGACUUCAGAGCACCACAAGGACAUCUGCCUCACUGUCAGCACCAGCACCAUCCAGGUGGAGCAUCUCUCCAGCUCCUAGAGACCAUGACCCCAGGAGCAGAAAACCUCUCAUGCAUAGCCUGUGCCCAGGGGCACUGCUUGUGCAAUGGUCCCUCCUCGUGCAACAGCCUCUGGCCUCUCCUGUAACAGCCUUUCCUGGCCAUAUACCCUGUCAGUGGCAAUCCCUUAAGUGACAUCCUGUCUCCAGAGGCAUCCUUUUGUGCAGCAGCCUGCCUGAUAGUGGGGUGUUGCCUUGUGUAAGAGCCCCACUCCAGUGUUGGGAUCGCUUCCUUGUGCAAGAGCCCUACGUUCUACACACAAAGCAAAGCUCCCUUUUGGCCUUCUCUAUAAUUGUAAAAUUAUAUGUGCAGGCUGAGGGGGGCACCCCCUGGGACACGCAGGGUAGAUAAGAUGGAAAGAGUGUCAGUGUACAUCGGGGCUCGGACGCAUGCUGGUGGCAGACCACAGAAGGGUCUGACAGCUGGAGGUUUUUUCUUUGAGGAUUUCCUUGUGUGUCUAAAGGAGAAUAUUCACUCUCCUCUCCUGCUUGUGAAGGGGAGGAUGGGGGGUCACUUGUCCUGCCAUAGGGCCCAGGAUGGGAGAAGUCCUCCUGCUCCCUAGAUGAAGACAAGAACUUUGUGGGAGAGAAGUGAGGGGUGUUCCCAAGGUGCCUAAGCUGCUGAGGGGUGCAAAGGCCUGUAAUCUCUCCUUGUCAAUGGAGAGUAAGAGGAGUCUCUGUGAACUACUUGCUCCCUCUCCCUCCCAGCUGUAGGAGGAAGGUGGUGGAGGAGACCCCCACAAAGAUACAAGAGAAUGGGGUCCAGCUCAUUGCUCUGCCUGCCAUUUGUGGAUGAUGCAAUAGUAGCUUGAUUUUUCCACCCCCUAAGAAGUCUGCAGGCAUCAACAGCAAACCAAAAAGCAGUUGGAGAUGAGGGUAAGAGACUGCCACAAUGAUCAUUGUUUCCCUCUCCCUAAUCCCUCUUCCAGGAAGACGUGGCAGUAGUUCUAACUCUCAAGCACCCAUCCCCACCCCCCCACCCCCGUUCUGCCUUCUGGUUCCCAAAGCAAGGUGGGGGGAAGUGGCACAGAUCAGCCUUUUCAAGGAGCCAGCAUGAGGCAGGGAAAGGCUAGCUUCUGCUCAUGUGUUAUCAUGGGCACUCUCCUAGGCUCCUUCUUGCCAAGACAGGCUGGACUCGCAUGGCAGUGGUGGCAUUUUAGAUGGAGA